AUGGUCUCCCAGAAAGUUAAAGCUCAUUUGCCUAAGCAUAUGUUCAGUGAGAAAAACGGUGAGUCACCUGAAAAUAUCACAGAUGUUGCGUCCCUCAAAAGGGUGCUUGGGUUAAUAGAUGCCAACUUCUUUAGUGAUGAGAAGUUGCUAGAGCUUGUGAAGGGUGCAAAAAAGUUCAAUAUCCCUACAAUCAGAGCCAACCGAAAGCUUGUUGCUUCUGUUAAUGGAGGGUUGAAUGACCCGUCUUGUUUGGUCUUUGUUCCGGAUUGGGGCAUUGACAAAGCACAAAACCCAAGCAAAAGGUUCAAAUGUUCUUCUCUCUCUGGGAUUCAAAGACCACAUGGUGAUGAUGACAUUGCCUUUAUGAGUGUUCUGGAAUUGGGCGAGCUUAUAAGGACAAAACAAAUUACAUCCCAGGAGCUUACUCAAAUAUUCAUGCAAAGAUUGAAGAGGCACAAUCCUGUUCUUGACGCAGUGGUUACCUACACUGAAGAGUUAGCUAACCAGCAAGCAAAAGAGGCUGAUGGAUUGCUCGCCCAAGGGGUGUAUUUGGGUCCUCUCCAUGGGAUUCCUUAUGGACUAAAGGAUAUAAUAUCAGUUCCCCACUACAAAACAACAUGGGGUUCAAAAACUUACAAGGAUCAAGUUCUUGACAUGGAGGCCUGGGUUUACAAGAGGCUGAAGUCUGCAGGAGCAGUUCUUGUUGCGAAGCUUGCUUCUGGAUCAUUAGCUUAUGAUGACAUCUGGUUUGGGGGUAGGACAAGGAACCCAUGGAAUAUCAAGGAAUUCACUACUGGUUCAUCAUCUGGACCUGCUGCUUGCACCUCAGCAGGUAUGGUACCAUUUUCGAUUGGAUCAGAAACGGUUGGUUCCAUGACUCUACCUGCUGCACGUUGUGGGGUGACAGCAUUGCGUCCAACAUUUGGGUGUGUGGGUCGAACCGGUGUUAUGAGCCUAUCAGAAAGCUUGGAUAAGCUUGGUCCUGUCUCCAGAACUGCCGCAGAUUGUGCUAUAAUUCUGGAUGCUAUUAGAGGAAAGGAUCCAGAUGAUCUUUCAUCAAGAGACAUUGCGUUUGAGGAUCCUUUCCUGGUUGACAUAACAAAGCUUACUGUUGGAUAUGUCGACGACGCUGAGCAGGAGGUUGUUCAUGUUCUAGCAACGAAAGGUGUUAAUAUGGUCCCUUUUAAACUGAAAUAUGAGGUUGAUUCAGUUGGUAUUGCCAGCUUUACUAUGGAUGUGGAUACAUUGGCUCACUUUGAUGAGUGGCAGCGGUCAGGGAAGGAUGAUGAUUUUGAGUCACAAGAUCAAUGGCCUCCUGAGCUGCGUCGUGCACGCAUUUUUCCAGCAGUGGACUAUGUCCAGGCUCAGAGAGCAAGGGGGAAGUUAAUUCGAGAAGUAAGAGAGGGCUUCACUGUUGACGCAUUCAUUGGCAAUGCCACUGAUUGGGAGAGAGUUUGUAUGGGAAACCUGGUAGGGAUGCCCGUAAUCGUUGUUCCAUCUGGAUUCCCCAAGGUGUCUGAUCCGCCUUGCAACGACUGUCGUCGAAGAGCCACAAUCACCACCGGAAUUUAUGCUCCCCCUCACCAUGAUCACAUUGCCCUGGCAUUGGCAAUGGCAUACCAGUCGGCGACUGAUCACCACAAGCAAAGACCUCCCAUUGAUGAUCUCGGACCAAAUGACUUGAGCCAAAAGCGACCGAGAGUUUGUUAA